ACAUCACGGAUAGGGCGAUUUCUAUGUAGAUGAGGCAGCGCAGAGGCUGCUGCUUCUCCACCUGCUGCUUCGCCGUGAAGGAAUACCCGUGCUGUGGGAGCGGAUUCAGGACCGCUGGUCGGACCUGAGAGUCCCAGUUGUGUGUCAGGGCUAGAAGGACUCGGGAGUGCGCGGGGCAAGUGACCGUGCGUGAAAAGGAUGAGGCGUAUGAGGCUGUGGCGGGGCGGAGAAUAUAAAAAACUAACAUGAGGACAUGAGGUAAGCACUAAGGUCUGGAGAUGGCUGUGCAAGAGAUGACAAAGUCCAACACCACGCUUCAGAGUGUCCAAUCAUCUCUUUAGGGGCAGCAUAUUUUUCUACAGUACUGAAUUUGGAAAAACAGUAACAACAACAUCAAAAAAAAAAAAAAAAGGGGGGGAUCAAGGUUGCAGGCUAUGGCUCGGAAGGUUCUUCGUCAGUACUGGGAUAUCCCCGAUGGCACCGAUUGCCACCGCAAAGCCUACACCACCACCAGCAUUGCCAGCGUCGCUGGCCUGACCGCCGCUGCCUACAGAGUCAGGCUCAAUCCUCCGGGCACCUUCCUUGAAGGAGUGGCUAAGGUCGGACAAUACACGUUCCCUGCAGCUGCUGUCGCCGUAUUUGGCCUCACCUCCUGCAUCAGCGCCCAGGUCGGCGAGAAGCCCGACGACCCCCUGAACUACUUCCUCGGUGGCUGCGCCAGAGGCCUGACUCUGGGGGCAUGCACGCACAAUUACGGGAUCGGCGCCGUCGCCUGCGUGUACUUGGGCAUAGCGGCCUCCCUGGUCAAGAUGGGCCUGCCGGAGGGCUGGGAGAUGUUUGCAAAACCGAAGGUGUGAGCCCUGUGCCAGCCGGGACCUCCAGCCUGCAGAAUGCGUCCAGAAAUAAAUUCUGUAUCU